AUGGCUGGCAGCGAGCCGCCGAGCCGGGAGCGCGUCCUCUGCCUCUUCGACGUGGAUGGGACCCUCACGCCGGCUCGCCAGAAAAUUGAGCCCGAAGUGGACAAGUUCCUUCAGGAGCUGCGUGAGAGAGUCCAGAUCGGCGUGGUGGGAGGCUCUGACUAUUCCAAGAUAGCUGAGCAGCUGGGGGAAGGGGAUGAAGUCAUCGACAAGUUUGAUUACGUCUUUGCGGAGAAUGGCACCGUGCAGUACAAGAAUGGGCAGCUGGUCGCCAAACAGGCUAUCCAGAAUCACCUGGGGGAGGAGCUUUUGCAGGAGCUGAUCAACUUCUGUCUCAACUACAUGGCUCUCCUGAAGCUGCCCAAGAAACGCGGGACCUUCAUAGAAUUCCGCAACGGAAUGCUGAACAUCUCUCCCAUUGGCCGAAGCUGCACCCUGGAGGAGCGAAUAGAAUUCUCAGAGCUGGACAAGAAAGAGAGGAUCCGAGAGAAGUUUGUGGUAGCCCUGCAAAGGGAGUUUGCUGGCAAAGGCCUACGGUUCUCUCGAGGUGGUAUGAUCAGCUUUGAUGUCUUCCCUGAGGGCUGGGACAAGCGCUACUGCCUCGACAUCCUCAACGACGAGCAGUUCGACACCAUCCACUUCUUCGGGAACGAGACAACCCCAGGAGGGAAUGAUUAUGAAAUUUAUGAUGACCCCCGGACAGUAGGCCACAGCAUCCAGUCUCCCCAGGACACAGUCAGGAGGUGCCGUGAGAUCUUUUUUCCAGAGAGAGCUAAUGAAUCGUGACUCUGAUACCCCUUCUCCAGCACCCCGCCUCCCAAGAUCCCACAUCAUGAAAACCACCUUCAUCCGAAGACUCUGCGCAGGGCCCUUUGAAGAAAGCUUUCCAGAGCUGGUUGUGAGGGAAGGAUUUAAACUGAGGUGGCGGAGGGGAUAGGGAUGGGGGUUAUUAACCUUCCACUACCCCCAGUUACAGGUGGGCUGUGUGGGACCAGACUCCUCCCUCCCACCAAACAGACUCUCUUCCUUUUCCGGGUGAACAUUCAGUUGUUGGUGGGAGACUGGCCCCCUACAAAUGCCUCCGUUGAUCUGAGGCAUUUGUAGGGGGCCAGUCACUACAGUCUCACUCUCUAAACGUAUUUGCACAAGGGAUGCACUCUUCAUCAGUUAGCACCUUUAAAUAGGAAGCAGAGUCUGGGACCCCCAUAAGUCAGGUGUUCUCAGACCACUUCACACAGCGGACCAAUCCUUAAAGGUGACCUGCAAAGGGUUUUAAAAAAUGAUCAAGGCUGUAACCCCAUGCUCUGGGUGUCCCUAGCCUCUGAUUGCCAGAAGGUGGGAGUGGGCGAUGGGAUGGAUCACUCGAUUACCUGUUCUGUUCAUUCCCUCUGAAACAUCUGGCACUGGCCACUGUCGGAAGACCUGAUAAUGGGCUAGAUGGACCAUUGGUCUGACCCAGUAUGGCUGUUCUUAUGAGCUUGUGCCCUUUCCAGCUUGGUCAGGUGUAUAAAGAAGGCUAUAUAUAUAUAUAUAUAUAUAUAAAAGGGUGCACUGGGUUUUUGUUUACACUAGAAACAUCAGGAAUGUUGUGGCUGAUCUCUGAUUUUGCUGGAGGACUUCUGGGAGGUCUAUGGGAGUUUAUUCUGCCCUUAGCACCUCAAUUGAAGAGGUUGGGAAGUGGAAACUUUAACAAAGACACUCUUUUAACCGAGAGUUAAUUAGGCAUUGGAAUUGGGUGGGUAUUA